AUGGCCGAAACUGCGACUACUAGUGGCCCUCCUCAGGCAACAAUGAAGGUCUCAGAUGUUAUCUCCAAUUAUCGUCCAUCGAAAAUAUUUCGAGGAAACACCAGAUCAGAUGGCCAGCAAUUCGUCACUUCAGUUGACUUUGACGAUCAAGGCGAGUAUCUCGUUGCCGCGAGCGAUGAUGAGAUGAUACAACUGUUUGAUAUAAAGGAAGGGAAACCGACGAAGACUGUGCCUAGUAAAAAAUACGGGGUCCACCUUGCUAGGUUUACCCAUCACUCCCGACAAGUGUUGCAUGCUAGCACAAAGGUCGAUGAUUCCUUACGGCUUCUCGAUCUCCAUAACGAGAGCUACCUUCGCUACUUUACUGGCCAUACAGACAAGGUGACAUGUCUCGCAUUAAGCCCCGGUACAGACGCUUUUCUUUCAUGCUCCAAGGAUGACAGUGUUGCGCUAUGGGACCUGAAUUCCAGAAACGCGCAAGGAAGACUUAAGCUAGCGACUCCAUAUUUAGCAGCAUUUGACCCAUCUGGCAGCGUUAUCGCCAUUGCGUCACAAUCUACUUCAUCAAUAUUGCUCUACGACUAUCGGAAUUAUGAUAAACAACCGUUUGCGACCUUUGACAUGGCGCCGCACGAAGAUAGAUAUGCCCAAACAACCAGAGGCAGGGCGUGGAAUAAACUUGAAUUUUCGAAUGAUGGAAAGCAUAUCCUGCUCGGAACGGAUCUUCAUGGCCAUUUUGUUCUCGAUGCUUUUGAAGGACAUGUCAAAGCAUUCUUGGUUGGCAAGUCGGGGGUAACAGGACGAGCAGCUCCAGUGUCUAAUUCUGGAAAGCCUCUAAGCCAAGGCGAUGUCUGCUUUACCCCAGAUGGUCACUAUGUGAUUGGUGGCGCAGGGGAACAGUCCGAUAUGCUGGUAUGGGAUGUGAACCAAGCCCCCGACUCCAACCGUUUCCUCCAGGCCAUGGUUCGUUUACCACAUCGUGGCAAAACUGCCAUUGUGCAGGCAAACCCCAGGUACAAUAUGCUGGCUAGUGCGGAUAAGGAAAUUGUGUUUUGGUUACCCGAUGAUAGCGCAAAGCACUCCGAAAAAUGA